CCGGGGCCGCAGGGUGUGGACGAUAAGAACCUGGGGGCGGGCAGUACCUGCUGGCACUUGGAGCAGGGAGCCGCUAGGUCCAGUCAGUCACCACCCAUGGCAGCAAGGAUGUGAUGCUUGUCGUCUACAACUAAACAUCAGGUGAAUGAUAAUCUGUUAUAGUGGGAGAGAUCUGUUGGAUUAAGUUCUCAUUCCGUGCAGACAGUUUCCUUUAGUUUUCACCCGAUGUCAAAUUUCGCUAGUCCUGGCGUUAGAAUGGGCUGCACGAAAAACCUGUUGGUUCAGACUGGCCGGUGUAGGAGCAGGUCCCAGUCCUCGUAUGUGGGACUGUCCUCCAGCCGACUGGACAUCUACAGCAGGCUGGAGGCCAACGACGCCCUGGCUAAGUCCCUGGACAAGCCACUGGACAACCCCAAGGAGGUCCGCGUGAAAGUCGAGCCGUACAAGCUCAAGUAUCUUGUGUUCUACAUCGUUGUUUUCUUCGGAGUCCUGCAGCUUGACAUCCGAGUCUUGAAGAAAUAUUUCCUCCGUGACGAGCUCCAGUACACCGAUGGUUUCGAGCGUCAGGCACUGUUCCACAACAACGACAAGCUCAUCAGCGUGGACGACCUGUGGAAGGCUUGGAAGCGCUCAGCGGUUUACAACUGGACUGUGGAUGACGUGGUCGAGUGGCUGGUCCAAGAUGUUGAUCUACCUCAGUACUCCAACACCUUUCACAACAACGCUAUCGACGGUUCAGUGCUGCCCAGGUUGGUCAACUCCACCAACCCUCUACUGCAGGCGUUGGGCAUCAGGAACCCGGUACACAAACAGAAGUUGUCUCUCAAGGCCAUGGACAUUGUUCUCUUUGGUGCUCCCAAAAGGGUACACAGCUACGCCAAGGAUAUCCUCCUUGUGUCCUCCCUGAUUAUUGCCAUUGGGGGCUGCUGGUUCGCCUGUCUACACCACCGCUACUCACAGACGCAGGUGAAGAAGAUGAUGAAAGAUCUGGAAUCUCUGCAGAAAGCUGAGGAAUCUUUGAAGAAACUGAGUAAAGAGCUGGCUGAGGCAGAGAAAAACCAAGUGUCUAUGUCACAUGACAAACAGGAAGAGCUGAGAAUAUUAAGGCAAAAUCUGGCCAAAGUACGCUCAUGUCUCGACCUAAAUAUGUACCUGUUUCUUCAAAACUCCAUAAGGUUAAAGGUGCCUCAAGUGGCAGGGGGAGAUAAAUCACCUGUUAGCUUGAGUAGGGAGGGGUCGGUGCUGAGGAGGAGGGAGGGAGAGAGGAAACUGCAGCAAGCGGAGGAGGAACUGGCCUCACUCCGGGAGGCUUUGUCCCAGGCUGAGAACAGGCUGGAGAUCCAGCAACAGCUAGAGAGCCAGUGGUCAGUUCCUGGAGAACUUCAAGCAUGGCUGCAGCUAACACAUGAGCUAGAGCAGAUACACUACAACGCUAAGAGACAGGCGGCUGAGAGACAGCUGGCUGUGGCCAGAGAUGGGUGUGAUAAAAUAAAGAAACGUAACAAAGCAUUUUUUGGUUCCCUACGAAUGGCUCACAGCAAUUCGCUGGAUGAUAUUGAUCAAAGUAUUUUAGAUGCAAGAGCUGCACUAGAGGAGGUGAAACAAGACCUCCAGGAGAGACUCCACAGGUGGCACACUAUUGAACUCUUGUGUGGGUUCCCUGUUAUCAGCAACCCUGGGCUGGCAGCCCUCAAACAAGCUCUUGGGCGAGACAUAGGAGAUCUGAGCCGUAUCCCUGGGUCACUGUUGGCCCCUGUGUCCAUUGAUGAAGCUGAUGAAGAUCUCCCACCCACAGCCUUUUUAAGCACUUUACAGUUACAAAAUGGUGGAGCGUCGUGUUCCCGUCCCCGGGCCUUGUCUGCAGCUCCAGCUAAUAGAGAUGAGGCCAACGAGACAGAGAAUAUUUAUAAUCAGAUCCCUGAGCGCCAACGCCAGCAGAUAUUUGCCUGGGCUCGCCGGAGUCGGCUCAACUACUGGAUGAAAAAGAAAAUAUCCCCGUCAAAUGGAUACACAGGUACCACCCUACCUCCAUCAGGUAAAUCCUCAACAUUCCUCAAGCAGCAAGUCCUGGAUGGAAGCACGGCCUCUCUCUCCCACGUUGGCAAGGUGCCAAUACCUGGCCAUGGCGGCGCCACCCUGGCCAGGCGUGGCAGCCGAGAUAACGAGCUCAACGGCUACUCACCUGUGGUGACACCUACCUCCUCCAACAUGAGCACAUCUCCCAGUGCUGUAUCAUUCCAUCUUGGAGAGGGAAGCCACUACACCAAUCAUCAUGAAAGAUCUCAAUCCAAUGGUUCCAUAUCUCAAGCUCUACCUAAUGGUCAGCCCAGAGCUGGUAUCAACCAGUCCAUGUCCUACCCCCCCUAUGGCCAGAUGUCCUCUCCCCCCUUGGCCAUUUCCCCCGGGCUCAGCAGAGUUGGAUCCUCCGGCCAGCUCUUGUCCAGCAACACCAUUCCCCGCGCCAACCAUUCCUCCAUGAAAAUCUACUCCUCCCCCUCCAACAACCACCUCAUGGCCCAACAUGCCGCCCCCGCCAACCACACGGAUGACCCCAAAAUAACUCGCAGCGACUCCAGAGAUAUCCUUAACAACAACCUGGGUCACAUGAUGCUGGCUGCGAGCCCCAAAGUCCCGGCCCCCACCACGGCUGUAGGGAUCCUGCACCACGUGACACAGCAGCUGCUGGACGAAUCAGACUCGGCAAGUUUUGACUCCAACCCCCGCAACCAUUCCUCAGCCAUGUCACAUAUGGAUCAGACCCCGGAGCUGGACCUGAGCAGCCUGGACACCGACUCCCUGUACGGGGGCAAGGAGGUGGCCCAGAAGAGCGAGGCCCCCACAGACAGGGAGAACGAGAAGAAACAGAGCAGGAAGAAAAAGUUCCUGCCCAAGUUUUUGUUGAAGCAUGCAGGAAAGCAGAAAACUUCCUAAUGUCUGUUUUACUGGGACUGUUAUCACAGAGGUCGUUCUUUGGUUGGAAUGUUUUCAUUUUCUUACAUUUGCAUAAUUAAUUCAUAUCAGUGGGAGACAAAUACUGUGAUUGUCUUUGAAGGGGACAAUAUCAUUGGUAUAUUUUUCAAAUAUUUUUACGUCCAAGAGUUAUUUCUUCAAAUCACAUAUUUUGAAUGAAAGAAUUCAAUAUUUAAUGCCUGAAUAAUAUAAAAAAAGUGUAUUUUUAAAAAAUCAGUAAAUCAAGUUCCCAGAUUGAAUGAACUGCUCUCCCAAGCACAUCUCACGGUUCCAAAAUAUUUUCCAUUUUUUCUCUCCCCAUUUUUUUAUGCAGUUAUUAGCUAGACAUGAUGUAUCUACCCACAAAUGAAUCAAGAAUGUUAUUUUUGUUUUGGUUGAGUUUAAUUGUUUUGUAAUCUCUUAAGAUGAGUUGUUGUUUUUUACAACCAUCCAUAUCAUACACUGAGAGGCUGUUUUGAUAGUCUGUUUCCCAGUAAGAAAUUAUAUAUUUGUGGUGACUAAAAUGAUAUGCAGAUUGUCUGUCACUCAUAUAAGGUAUAUAGGCCUAUUUACACAUUAUUUCUACUGGACAAAAGUUGUACACAUUUCCAUUUUGUGAAUCGUUAAAAAAAAAGAUUGAAUUUUCUCGUCCCAUAAUCUUUUUGUUUAAUCACUAAUCCUGGGGAUUAACAACUCUUUUUAUCAUUUGUUUUGAUUUCUUAUUUUUCUGUUCUGAACUUUUUUACAUUUUCUAUUUUUAGAUCAGUGUUUUAUUUGUGUGAUCUCAGCUGUUAUGAAUCAGACUAUUUUUGGAACAUUUUCGGGGGAUUGUUGAGCAAUUCAAAUUUUUAUGGACUGGCCAAUUUUUUUUUACUGAAAAUUUUAUUCACUUCUAAAUGUAAUAUCUUUUAUACUACUCAGUGGACAGUCCAACACUUUCUUCUCUCCGUCUUUGUAAUAUAGCUGACUGUAUAAUUGGAUUGUUUAACGGAUGACAUUAUGACUGAAUUGAAUAGUGAUUGCAUGACUGCGUUGACUGAAUUACAUUAUGAUUGACCUCAGGAUGGAAUUGUACUUGAUCUAAACAAGAGAUCUGAGCUGGAUUCUCAGAGAUGACCUUUGUCCAGGCAAAAGGAGUUAAUUGAUGUCUUAACCUACUGAUAUCGUUGACCUAGCUUCUAGGUGUUUUAAUGUCAAUGUGAAUGGUAGAAUAUCAGACCAAUACUUGUGUAUAUGAAUGUAGAAUAGAAGACAUUGUAUAUAUGAAUGUUGAAUAGAAGAACCAGUACUUCUGUAUAUGAAUGUAGGUAACCCUUGUCAUCUAUCAUUCCUAAGAUUUCAUCAUUCCUAUUAUUCUUGAGCUGUUUCCUUUAGUAUGAUAGACAUUUUAUUUUCUUGAGACACAUAAAAAACAUAUUAAAAAGUUGCUUUUUUUCACUCAUUUACAUUGGUCAGGUGUUUUAGGGAAGUAGAUACAUUAUUUGACACUACAAAUUCUAUUUCGUUGGGUUUUUUUUUUUUGCCUUUUGUUUGUGAAAAAAAUUAUUAUCUGCAACAAGUUCUACAGCAACUUGUGUAUGUUUGCAACACAUCCUACAGCAACUUGUGUAUGUUUGCUACAAGUUCUACAGCAACUUGUGUAUGUUUGCUACAAGUUCUACAGCAACUUGUGUAUGUUUGCUACAAGUUCUACAGCAACUUGUGUAUGUUUGCUACAAGUUCUACAGCAACUUGUGUAUGUUUGCUACAAGUUUUACAGCAACUUGUGUAUGUUUGCUACAAGUUCUACAGCAACUUGUGUAUGUUUGCUACAAGUUCCACAGCAACUUGUGUAUGUUUACAAGUUCUCCAGCAACUUGUGUGUCAACGCUCUGUGAUCCACUGUAUAUGUUACAUCAAGCCACUAGCUGCAGUGUGUGGACCUUCAUUCCUUAACCAGCUCUUAAGUUUCUUUUAGUUUGUAUUUGAUUAUGGUUGUUUUAUAUUUAAAAGCUUCCAUUUUUUAUAUGCAUUACUAAUUCAAUUAUAGUCAUUCAUGCUCUUUCUUUUUCUUCAGUUUUUUAUAAAUAAAUCAUUUAUCCCUACUUUUUACUUCCCAAAAAGUUACUUUAAACCUGUGUUACGGAUUUCUUUAAAAAUUUUCAGUAAUGCAUUAUGGUUUUAGUAUAGUACAAGAUAAUAACAGAUAGCUUUAAAAACACAUAAAUGACAAUGUUAGAAAUUUUGAUCGACAUUUACUGAUGAUGAACCAUCAACAGAAAAAUUUGCUUCAAUCAGUCAUUGCUUAUAACUGUAAAAAAAUUAUAUCACCAUUUGUUCAUGUGAAUCUGUUUAAAAGUAAUUAUUUGUUUGGCGCUUCCACAUUUUCCAAUUUGUUAAAUAUUUAACCACAAAACUUCCCUCAAUGAACUCUCCCAACAUUUUUUAGUUGAGAAUUUUUUUUUUAAAUGAUCAUGCUAUUAUAUUAAGAAUUUGUAAAACAAAAAAAUUUCUGCAUCUGUUUCUAAUUUAUUUCCAUUUAAUUGCAGGUGUUGAACUGUGUCCAUAUAAAAAAUAUCUCUAAAUUCAAAUCACUUCUGAGUGUAUUGUCUGCAUAAAAUUUGUAUGCAAGUACCAUUCCCUCCUUGCUGCCAAUGAUAUAAAAAAAAGUAUAUUAUCAUUUGUAUAAAUUUUGAAAUCCAAUAUGUUGAUAAUAGAUUUUUAUAAUUUUGGCAGAUUUAAAAGGUGUAAAACACGAAUUCAUUUUGUGUUAAACUUUAGAGUAGGUUGUGAUGUAUCGUUGAAAGGGAGAUAAUGGAUGCAAACUGUUCAACAUUUCAUGGAUUAUCUUCCAUGUAAUCUGUUUUCAAAGUAUACCAUCUUAAUAAUGUAUAAAAGUAGCACACUUCUCAUAUUGAUAAAUAUUGGCUGUGUAUGAUGUAUAUUUAUAAAAAAAAUUUAAUUAGUGAAAAUCAUUAAAUUUAUUAUUUUGACAAUUGCUACUUAUAUUUUUUCAUAAUAUUUCUAUUUAUUAGAAGCUUUUGAUUCAAGUCAUUUUUUUUUUGUAUUUAAAAACAUUUGCCUCUAAUCUGUACACAUAUAAAUGCACAUUUUUUUUCUCAUAUCUUUCUCAUAUCCUUUUACAGUAAUUAAAAUCUCAAAAUAAUUUUAUCAUUUGUUCCACAUUAGUCUAGUGAGGUAUGCAAGAAGGAAUGUUAAAUGAAUAAGUAAUUAAAUAAAAAGUUUGGAAAAGAAUGAGUGCCUUACUCUCUCUAAAAACCUUUUUCCCCAACCUCAUGUUUGUAUAGCAAGAGGGAGAUAACUUGCUAACCACAUAAUUUGUUCAUUAAAAUGGGAAAUAACUCUUGCUCAAACUAGGAUAUUGUUUUAUGUCUUGUCUACUGCUUUUGUGUGUCAGUCAUAGCUACACCGUUUUAGAAGAGGGAGGAGGAAACCAUUUUUUUUUCUUUUCUCUAAAAUUUUGUCAUUAAGAUUUAAUGAAGACAUUUUGAUAUCAAUUGUUAACUUCUUGUUGCCAGUGAACAUUGAAACUGAUUAUAUAUUAUUUGAUGUGGAACCUCUGGUUCUAAACCACACAAAAAAAUAUUUUUCUAUUUUAACAAUUGGUCAUAGAUGUAUAUGUUAAUGUCUCAACCAUGUUCAGAUUUUAUAUCUGUACCUAUCAUUUGAAAUAAAUUUUAAAACAG